UGAUUCAGUUGGGCCAAGUCGUUGAUUGCGUGUUUUUUGACGACAUUACACAGGUAAUCUCUUCUGUGAGUAUCAGAGUCUUAAAGACUCGGAUCGGAAAGAAGAGCUUCUGCGGUAACACUGAAAUAACGUGUGGUUGAAAACCAGGAAGUCGUUAGUUUCUCGUGACUUUAAUCAGAGUUGAUUUCAGAGAAGGUCUCUUCUGGGUUUUAUUUGGCUGAAAGUCUCCGCAGGAGUUCUUCUAGUAAUGAUUUCAUUAAUUAAAGGACAAUUGAGUGCGUGCGCGCUGCUGCUCACGCUGCUUUUUGUGCACUCCACUGCUGGCCAGCUGGUCGGUGAGGAAUGCUUCGCCCGAUUCAGGAAAGGUCGGCAGGACUUUGUGCUCGAUGCCGACGACUCCGUGAAAGACGGAGCGACGUUCAUUUCGUCGCCGAAACUGUAUCGGUACAGGGACUGCGUGCAAGCCUGCUGCAAGGAUUCCAGGUGUAACGUCGCCUUCAUGGAGAGAGGAGAGGCGGAAGGCUCGAUCAGCUCCUGCUUUCUCUUUGAUUGCCUGUACAAACAGAAAUACGUGUGCCGCUUUGUCUCAAGGAAAGGAUACGACAGUUAUAUCCUGGAUAAAGUUUAUGAUAGUUAUCAUGUGGAGGAUACCAACCCAGAUGAAGAUGACCGUCGUCCAGUGGCUGACGGAGGCCCGGACCAGGUGGUCCAGCCUCAGGACAGGCUGACCCUGAAUGGUAUCCGAAGCAAAGAUGACAAAAGGAUUGUGUCCUACAAGUGGAAAAUGCUCACUGAAUAUCCAUACACUGUCUUUGAGGACAGCAGUUUUCUAGACCAAAUGAUUGUUUCCAACCUGACAUCUGGGAAGUACAAGUUCCAGCUGACUGUGACAGAUAGCAUUGGCCAGUCGGACUCGGCCAUUGUUAAUGUCCUGGUCCUCACUCCUGAGCAGUCCGGGCACCACUGCAUGGCUCCGAAGAAGGCUGGGCCGUGUCGAGGCUCUUUCCCGCGGUGGCAUUACAAUGGUGCCUCGGAAAAGUGUGAGGAGUUCGUAUUUGGGGGCUGCAAGGAGAAUCUCAACAACUAUCUCUCUGAGGAUGAGUGCAUUAAGGCCUGCCAUAGUUCAGAGAGAAGUGUCGGAUCUGGUAGGGGUUUGCUUCCUCCCACGCCUCAAGAAAAAUGCGGCGCUCCGUGUACAGCGCAUCAGUUCACCUGUGCUAACGGCUGCUGUUUGGAUCCAGGACUCGAGUGUGACGUGACGCCACAGUGUAGCGAUGGCUCGGACGAGCAGAGCUGCGAGAACUUGACCAACAAAUUUGAGAUUCUGCUGCAGAUUCCACUGGAUGAAAAAAAAGCGCAUUGCACAGAGCUUCCUGACACAGGAGGCUGCAGGGACAGCAUUACUAAGUGGUACUACAACCCCUAUGACGCGACUUGUUUGCGCUUCAACUACGGUGGCUGUCUCGGAAAUGAGAACAGAUUUGACAGUGAAGAAUCCUGUAUGACUUAUUGCCAUGGUGUAACAGAGAAGGACGUAUUUAUAAGAUCAAAACACGAGGCCCAAGGGUCUUAUAACCAAACAGGCAUUUUAGCACUAGCUAUCGUGCUGGGUGUGGCGAUUGUCAUUGUACUAGCCAUCCUGUUGUACCGCUUCCUAAAGACAAGGAAGUCUUCCCAACACCAGCGUCUGCCCGUCAGCAAUGCAACGCUCACCUCGAUGGACGCAGAUCGUCUAGUCUAUAACAGCACCACCAAGCCCAUCUGACUGACGAGAAAAGACACCCUGUUGUUUUGUUAAGAACGGGUGCCGGAGAUGUGUGUGGUUUUUUUGUUUUGUUUUGUUUUUUAUGGUUGAUGUGCAGACAGGGUGGAACAUCUUGAAUGUCAUCAGUGAUGAAAAUGUGAUGUCUCAUUUAAUUUUUUUUUUUUUUUAAACUUGUUUUAGUGCAGUGACCGGUAAGGAUGAAUUGUUGGAUAACAGUUUGUGUUCAGGUUAAAAGGAAAGUAUUUUUAAUUUUUGGUUGUAGAUUACCGCAGGACAUCAUCCUGUUUGUUGUAGUUUUUUUUUUUUUUUUUUAAAAGCUUCUCUACGUGUUUGUGGUUGUAUUAACUUAUCUUAUAGCUGUGUGUAGACAGCUCUUUUUUGAAAUAAAGCUAGUUUAAAUGUAAAAUACUGAAUUCUCAUUAGUCCCACACUGGCUUCUUACUUCAAAGUAAUAUUUUUUUAUUUUAUUUUAUUUUUUGGUUUGUCUUACAACUGAACUCUGGGAAAUUUUGUGGUUGUGCAGUGUCAGUAACAUCAUGAGGUUGUUGUCAUGCCAGCUUCUUCACUCUGUCCAAUGUGUGCCUUACAGACUGUUGUUACAUACUCCCAUAGAUUUCAUAAAUCAUUAAUGUUGUACAUAUUCUUAGGAUUUCAGAAGGCAAUAUUUUACCUUGAAGCUUUUUGGUUGAUUUUAAUUUUAAAAAUGUAUUUUUAGAACAAGCAUCAUAAAUUAGAAAUUGCUUAUUCACACCUUAUAAAGUGCACUGGCUGUGAAAUAUUCAACAUUUGAAAUGUUUAAAAUGUUUGUAUGCAUAAGCAGGAUCAUGAUGUUCUUCUUUAAUAAAAAUAUUAAAUCA